AUGUCAGACUCCCAGUCUCGGCUGACCUUCACCCGAUACCGUCCUCUCUUCUACCUGCUCUCCGGAGUUGCAGCCGCAUACGCGCUCGUUUACCUCCGCAACCACCUCUUCUCAUCCCCUUCCUCCCAAAACUCCCUCCGGCGCCGGAAAGCAGUCCGUCGCCACAGAAGAAAUGAUUCCGACGCAACUGGCCCAACCGAUACUCCCUCCUUCCUAGCCAUCGCCCACCUAGAACAACUCGAGCGUCAGAACGGAGUAUACGGGACAUUUCGAAUAGAAACUGAAGAUGGCCGACGGGUCGAGAGCGGGCUACUCCCCUCGCUUCUCGCGACGCGCGAUCAGCUCAUGGAAGAGGUCGGCGUUCCCCAGGCCCACGCCGAGCGGAUGCGCGAGAUGAUGGAAGACACGUUCCUAGAGUCGUUUUUCGCGCUGGAUUUUCCGUCGACGCAUACGUUGGAAGAGGGGAGUCCCGAGAGAACAUAUCUAACGGAACAGCUCCGCCGCCGUGGGAUCUCGCGGUCGGGAAUCGAGAGGGCCGUUGAGCGGUUCAACGCGGAUGAGAACUACGGGGAGGAACUGCGGCGUCGGCGGCAGAAUGGGGAGCGGGUUACGCUGUCGACGUCGACGUUCCCUGAUGAGCCUCAGCAGCAGCCGGUCAUGGAUGGUGGCGAGACGGUCGUUGAUGACCAGAGUGUUUUCUCGUGGAGGGAGGGCAAUAACGAGUCUGCGCAGGCGCGUGAGGGGCAGAAUCUGUUGAAUCUGCUUUAUCAUAUCGCUGAGGAUCAGGCGAGGAAAGAUGGGUAUAUUCAUCGGGGUGUGACGUGCAAUAGCUGUGGGGCCAUGCCAAUACAAGGAAUUCGGUACAGGUGUGCGAACUGCAUUGAUUACGACCUGUGUGAGACCUGUGAGGCGAUGCAGGUUCAUAUCAAGACGCAUCUGUUUUACAAAGUCCGCAUACCGGCGCCAUUUCUGGGUAACCCUCGACAGUCACAGCCUGUGUGGUAUCCUGGCAAGCCUUCGAUGCUGCCGCGCACUCUUCCGCGAUCACUUGCGAAGCGGUUGAUGAAGGAAACGGGCUUCGAAGGUACAGAGCUGGAAGCUUUGUGGGAUCAAUUCCGCUGUCUAGCAAACCGCGAGUGGUCCGAAGAUCCCAACAAACUAUACAUGGCUAUUGACCGGAAAACCUUUGAUCGCUGUUUCGUCCCUAAUACCUCUCUCCGUCCUCCGCCCCCGAGCUUGAUCUACGACCGCAUGUUUGCAUUCUACGACACGAAUAACGAUGGACUCAUUGGAUUCGAGGAGUUUUUGAAGGGCCUCGCCAGUCUAAACAACAAGAGCAACGAUGAGAGGCUGCGUCGCGUCUUCCGCGGGUAUGACAUUGACGGUGAUGGAUACGUGGAACGCAAAGACUUUUUACGUGUGUUUAGAGCAUACUAUACCCUCAGUCGUGAGCUCACUCGGGAUAUGGUUGCUGGUAUGGAGGAUGAUUUUCUCGAGGGCGGUGCGCGAGAUGUCGUGCUGGGUAGUCAGCCCAUCAGCUCCGCUUUCCCUGGAAGUAUCCCCAGCGGAGAAGCAUCAAGGACUGGAGAGGGCAAGCGGGUCAAUCAAGAUGGAGAUAUGGAAAUUGUGGACAGCGAUGGCAUCCUGCGACCUGAUGGUGCUGAUACCGGCGACCGGCACUCUGUCGUUGGAGAAGCUGCCGUGCGCCGCCAAUUCGGGAGAUCGCAGCCUCUCCUUCCAGUGUCUGUACGUGCUAACGCUGCCGGAUCCAGUGCAGCAGAGGCUUCAGGUAGCCGACGCAGGAGAGAGUCUCGAGAUGAGGACGACGACGAGGACGGCGACCAUGAUGACGAGUCAGAUAGCUCAUCCACUACUAGCGAUCGCUGGCCACCGGCAGAACACAUCCAGGAAGAAGACAUCGUCAAUGCACUCGGAUCGUACGUGCCUAUUGACGAAGUUACGGACCCAGAUGACAGGGCCCGUAUUGGGACGGCUGUGUAUAACCGGAUGUGCGAUACCGACCAGCGACGGGUUGAAUCUACUCGAAGACAGGGGAUCGAUGAGCGCUGGCGCCGGAGGGCGUUCUAUACCGAUGAGGAAGAUGGUGGAAUCGCACCAGACGGCUACCGGACUGAGUCUGAUGUAGAUGAAGAUGAGGAUGUUGAUGCGCCAGAGCCAGAGUACGAGUCGCAACCGCCUUCGCCACGCUCACGGUCUUCAUCCAAGGUCCGGUUCCAGGAUGAUUUAACGGACGACGAAGGCUGUGAUGCCAGAUCUAACCCUUCAACGUCUUCUCGGAGCAUCUUGGUUGGUGAGAGAUGGGGCGGGUUCGAGGUGCCUGAAGUCGAGCGAGAUGUUGGGAAGGAGAUCCUGUACCAAGUAACCCAGCAAGGUUUCAACGAGAUUCUGGACAUUAUGUUUAAGCCAAAGGAGGAUCUACUCAUGGAAUGCUUCCGAACCCGCACUGAACGCAAGAUCUGGGCCCGAGAGAUCGAGCUUGCCGAACAGUUGGAGGCUUCUAAUAACAACCGCGAGAAUGUGCAGCCAGCAAGUGACGACGGGCAGGAGGAACCAUCCCUGUCUCACUACCAAGGGCGCCCGCUCGAUGAGCUACUGGAACGCGCUGGAUACUCUCUUGGCAGCCCCGUCCUUGAGUCCCCUCAAGACGGCCCUAUUCUUGUACCCCCGUCUCAGGAGCUACGACUACCCGUCCACGAAGACACCAGCGACGACUCGGACGAUGAAAGUAUCCGACCUACUCACCUCGCCAACCCAGACGAGCCUGAUGCUGCAGAACCUCUUGCUCCUCUGACUCUCCUCGAACCACAAGACAACCUCAUCCUCUCACCAACGCCACAUCCGCAAUCACCCUUUCUCCCUGUCACGGACGAGGACGAGGACGAGCCGACCCUCCCCCUCGAUCUCGACCUAGACUACGAUCCUACCCUCCCCCACCACCGCCCCAACGACGACACCAUUCUAACCCUUCCAACCCAAACAACGACAUCAACAACCAUCCCACCCUCUCCCCUCCGUCUUCACCCCAACACCACAAUCCCAACCUUCCCGGCUCCUUCCUCCCCUGAAGCCGAAACCACUGCCCCGAAACGCGCCCCGUCCCCCAUCCAACCCCUUCCCGCACCCUCCCUCUCUCACUCCCCUUCCCCGCUGCCAACCAGACAGGGCGGGCCCACAAUUCCGCCUCCACAGGCGACCCUCUCGCGCUGGUCGUACCUGAACCGCGUGGAGAGGGAAGCGAAGGAGCGUGGUGGAACGGGCGCGAAGCUGAACUUUGAGGAGUUCUCUAGGCGCAUGGCGGCGGAUCGUGGAAGGAGCUUGGCAUUUGUGGCGACUUGGAUUGAGAUGGCUAGUUUUUAG